AUGCGCGCUUGGGCAAUUCUCCUACUCUUCUUCUGCGCAUAUGUUUUCGCUGAUGAACCACUCGAUGUGAAGCCCCCGGAAGGACAGAUAAAAGAAAACGCCGAUGAUGCUCCCCAACAAAUGGCGGCACCAACAUUUGAAAGCAGCUCCAGCGAUUCAGAAAAGGCUGAUCUUUCGUUCUACCACGGGUUCUUCGCCUCAUUUUCUGUGAUCAUCGUCAGCGAGCUGGGCGACAAGACAUGGUUUAUCGCUGUGAUUAUGUCUAUGAAACAUUCCCGACUCGCCGUCUUCAGUGGUGCCAUUGCGGCCCUCGCUUUGAUGACCGUGCUUUCUGCGUGUAUGGGAUGGGUGACCGUGUUGAUACCCCGGUGGAUCACCUACUACAUUUCUACCGCGCUUUUCGCUCUCUUCGGAUUAAAGAUGCUACACGAAGGCUAUUACAUGAAUGCUUCGGAAACCCAAGAAGUUUUUGAAGAAUCACAAGCCGAGGUCCAAAAGCGCGAGCUCGCCAUGGAUACGGGCAAAAUUGACAAUUUGGAAGGCGGUGCAGCGCAGGAUAAGAAUUCCGCCGCCUUGAUCUUUGCCUUCGUCUCGCGCAUCUUUUUCGAGGCCUUUACGCUGACGUUCCUCGCCGAGUGGGGCGACCGCUCGCAGUUGACGACGAUUAUCCUGGCGGCCAGGGAAAACAUUCCCGGCGUGAUUAUUGGCGGCGUUCUCGGGCACGCAAUUUGCACCGGGAUCGCGGUUAUGGGUGGCAAGCUGGUCGCGCAGAGGAUAUCGGUUCGAACAGUGACGCUCGUCGGAGGAGUGGUCUUCUUGAUCUUCGCCCUGUCCACGUUCUUCAUCAGCGAGUCUCCCGGCGUGGCUGGA